CUUUGCUUCAGUCUCCGCUAACAUUCCAUAUUCAAGAGCCGAUGGUUUUAUAACUUCACCUACAACAUCAUGGAGUCUCCGUCGCCGGAGUCGAUAUUUCUCGAAGACUUCGGUCAGAAAGUUGACCUCACCAGGCGGAUCCGUGAGGUUUUACUCAACUAUCCGGAGGGCACCACCGUACUCAAAGAGUUGAUUCAGAACGCUGACGAUGCCGGCGCCACCACCGUUCGUCUCUGCCUCGACCGCCGCCUCCACGGUUCCGGCUCCCUUCUGUCCCCGACAUUGGCGCCCUGGCAGGGACCUUCUCUCUUGGCCUACAACGACGCCGUUUUCACCGAGGAGGAUUUCGUCAGCAUUUCGAGGAUCGGAGGCAGCAGCAAGCACGGUCAAGCCUCCAAGACCGGCCGCUUCGGGGUUGGAUUCAACUCGGUGUACCAUUUGACUGAUUUGCCUUCGUUUGUGAGUGGCAAGUAUGUGGUGUUAUUUGAUCCCCAAGGCAUUUUCCUUCCAAAUGUUUCAGCUUCAAAUCCAGGGAAGAGAAUCGAUUAUGUUUCUUCUUCAGCUAUUUCUGUAUAUAGAGACCAAUUCUAUCCUUACUGUGCUUUUGGCUGCGACAUGAAAACCUCGUUUUCUGGGACUCUAUUCCGGUUCCCUCUGAGGAAUGCCGAGCAGGCGGCAACCAGUAAGCUUUCCAGGCAAGAAUAUUCCGAAGAUGACCUUUCGUCCUUGUUGCGUCAACUGUAUGAGGAAGGGGUUUUUACUUUACUUUUCCUCAAAAGUGUCUUGUGUAUUGAAAUGUAUGUUUGGGAUGCCCAGGACUCUGAGCCGAGGAAACUUUAUUCCUGCUCUGUCAGUUCUGCAAGGGAUGAUAUUGUUCAGCAUCGGCAGGCAGUGCUGAGAUUUCCCAAGUCUGUAAAUUCUACAGAGAGCCAGGUGGACUGCUAUUCAGUGGACUUUGUAAGGAAGUCGUUGAUAGGGACCCAACCGGAGACAAGAACAGAUAGUUUUUUUCUUGUACAAGCACUGGCAUCCACAUCCAGUAGGAUUGGCAAAUUUGCAGCUACUGCUUCUAAGGAGUAUGAUAUGCACUUGCUUCCGUGGGCAUCAGUUGCUGCUUGCAUCACAGAAAAUAUAGAACAGCAUGAUGUUCUUAGGGUUGGUCAAGCAUUCUGUUUUCUUCCGCUGCCCGUAAGAACUGGUUUAAGUGUACAAGUUAAUGGCUACUUUGAGGUUUCAUCGAAUCGUCGUGGUAUCUGGUAUGGGGCUGAUAUGGACAGAAGUGGAAAAAUUCGUUCUGUUUGGAACAGACUUCUUCUAGAAGAGGUCGUGGCGCCUGCAUUUACACAACUUCUUCUGGGCGUACGUGGACUGCUAGAGUCCAGGAAGCUGUACUAUUCCUUAUGGCCAAGUGGUUCUUUUGAAGAGCCAUGGAAUAUUCUUGUGGCGCAUAUAUACAGAAACAUCUCUGAUGCUCCUGUGUUGUAUUCGGAACUUGGAGGUGGAAAAUGGGUUUCACCAGUUGAAGCUUUUCUGCAUGAUCAGGAAGUUACUAAGGGCAAGGAACUUGGUAAGGCCCUGAUUGAGCUUGGAAUGCCUAUAGUGGGUUUGCCUAACAAAUUAUAUGACAUGCUGUUGGAAUAUGCUUCUACUUUUAGGCAGAAGGUGGUCACUCCUGAUACAGUUCGCUGUUUCCUUAGGGAGUGCAGACUUCUUUCUACUCUGGGUAAACCUGACAAGCUUGUAUUGUUGGAAUAUUGUCUUGAAGACUUGCUUGAUUUUGACGUUGGAACACAUGCUUAUAAUCUACCUUUGCUUCCAUUGGCCAAUGGUGAAUUUGGGUUGUUGUCAGAAGCCUCAAAAGGAAUUUCCUAUUUCAUUUGCAGUGAUUUAGAAUUAAGGCUGCUUCAAAAAAUAUAUGAUAGGAUAGUUGAUCGGGAUAUUCCCUUGAACAUACUACAAAGACUCUGUGCUAUUGCAAAGUCCUCCAAGGCAAACCUUGUUAUGUUCAAUGUUCAGUACUUUCUUCAGUUUUAUCCAAGAUUCGUACCUGCUGACUGGAAGUAUAAAAGCAAAGUUCUUUGGGACCCAGAGUCUUGUCAUAAUCAUCCUACUUCUUCAUGGUUUGUGUUAUUCUGGCAAUAUCUUCGGAACCAAUGCGAUCAGUUGUCUAUUUUUGGUGAUUGGCCCAUUUUGCCCUCUACUUCUGGCCAUCUGUAUAGAGCCUCCAGAGAGUCCAAAUUAAUGAAGGCAGAAAAGCUUUCAGACAAGGUGCAAGGUGUACUCGUAAAAAUUGGUUGCAAGAUUUUGAACCCAAAUUAUGGAGUUGAACACUCAGAUUUGUUUCAUUACGUAAGUGAUGGUAAUGCCACUGGCCUGGUCGAAUCUAUAUAUAAUGUUGUUUCUUUGAAUUGUGGCAGCAUAGCAACAUGUUUCCAUAGUCUGGAAGCGGAAGAGAGAGAUGAACUUCGUUCUUUUCUUCUUGACCCAAAGUGGUACUUUGGAGACUGUUUGAAUGAGUCUGCCAUACAAAAAUGCAAGAGGCUGCCUAUCUAUAAAGUCUAUGGUGGAGGACCUUCUCAAACUUUCCAGUUCUCAGAUCUUGAAAAUCCACGAAAGUACUUGCCUCCGUUGGACAUUCCUGAGAGCUUCCUUGGAGCUGAUUUCCUUAUUAGCUCAGAUACUGAGAUGCAGAUUCUGUUAAGAUACUAUGGUAUUGAAAGAAUGGGGAAGGCACUCUUCUACAAGCAGCAGGUUUUGAAUAGAGUUGGGGAGCUGCAACCUGAGGUACGGAACAACAUUGUUCUAUCCGUUCUACAAAACUUACCACAGUUGUGUAUUGAGGACAUGUCGUUUAGGGAAUAUUUGAGAAACUUGGAGUUCCUCCCGACCCUAAGUGGUGCUCUUAGAUGUCCUACUGCAUUAUAUGAUCCUCGUAAUGAAGAACUAUAUGCACUAUUAGAUGAUUCUGAGAGUUUUCCCUACGGUCCAUUCCAAGAGCCUGGUAUUUUGGACAUGCUGCAAGGUUUGGGCCUUAGAACAUCUGUGACCCCUGAGACUGUCAUACAAAGUGCUCAACAGGUGGAGCGAUUGAUGCAUGAGGAUCGCCAAAAGGCCCAUCAUAAAGGGAAGGUUCUUUUAUCAUAUUUAGAAGUUAAUGCAAUGAAAUGGAUACCCAAUCUGUUAUAUGGUGAUCAAGGAACAGUGAACAGAAUGUUCUCACGAGCUGCAACUGCAUUCCGGCCCCGCAACAUAAUAUCUGAUCUUGAGAAGUUCUGGAAUGAUCUUCGUCUGGUCUCUUGGUGCCCAGUUUUAGUUUCUGCUCCAUUUCUAGCUUUGCCGUGGCCUGUUGUGUCAUCCACAGUUGCUCCUCCAAAGCUUGUGAGAUUGCAAGCAGACAUGUGGCUCGUUUCCGCUAGCAUGCGAAUACUAGAUGGAGAGUGCUCAUCUACAGCUCUAUCGUCUAGCCUUGGGUGGUCAUCUCCACCAGGUGGAAGUGUCAUUGCCGCACAACUACUUGAGCUUGGGAAAAACAAUGAGAUUGUAAAUGAUCAGGUUCUUCGGCAGGAGUUAGCCAUGGCAAUGCCGAGGAUAUAUUCAAUAUUGGCAGGUUUGCUUGGCUCUGAUGAGAUGGAUAUAGUCAAGGCUGUUCUUGAAGGCAGCCGAUGGAUUUGGGUGGGUGAUGGAUUCGCAACUGUAGAUGAGGUCGUCCUUAAUGGUCCCCUUCAUCUGGCUCCUUAUAUUCGUGUUAUACCCGUCGAUCUAGCAGUUUUCAAGGAUUUAUUUUUGGAGCUUGGCAUUCGAGAAAUCCUGAAGCCUGCAGACUAUGCUAAUAUUUUGUGCAGAAUGGCUUUGAAGAAAGGUUCCUCUUCUCUUGAUGCACAUGAAAUCCGAGCAGCCUUAUUGGUUGUUCAGCAUUUAGCGGAAGUUCAGAUAUACGACCAGAAAGUUAAAAUCUAUUUACCAGAUGUAUCGGGCAGAUUAUAUCCUGCUGGUGACUUAGUUUAUAAUGAUGCCCCCUGGUUGCUUGGCUCAGAGGAUCAUGAUAGCCCUUUUGGUGGCUCAUCUAAUAUGCCACUGAAUGCAAGGAGAACAGUUCAAAAAUUUGUGCAUGGGAACAUAUCAAUUGAUGUUGCAGAGAAGCUUGGUGUCUGCUCUCUUCGUAGGAUAUUGCUGGCUGAGAGUGCCGAUUCAAUGAAUUUGAGUUUAUCUGGCGCUGCUGAAGCUUUUGGACAGCAUGAAGCUCUGACAACUAGGCUUAAACACAUACUUGAAAUGUAUGCAGAUGGGCCUGGAAUUCUUUUUGAGCUGGUUCAAAAUGCAGAGGAUGCUGGAGCCUCUGAGGUGAACUUUCUCCUGGACAAAACUCAAUAUGGGACUUCUUCAGUCCUCUCACCUGAAAUGGCAGAUUGGCAAGGCCCUGCAUUGUACUGUUUCAAUGACUCUGUCUUCAGUCCCCAAGAUCUUUAUGCAAUCUCACGCAUUGGCCAGGAGAGCAAGCUAGAAAAACCAUUUGCUAUAGGGAGAUUUGGACUGGGUUUUAAUUGUGUCUACCAUUUUACAGACAUCCCCACAUUUGUUUCUGGCGAAAACAUUGUUAUGUUUGAUCCUCAUGCCUGUAAUUUGCCUGGGAUCUCUCCAUCUCAUCCUGGUUUAAGGAUAAAGUUUUCUGGAAGAAAGAUUAUGGAACAAUUUCCUGAUCAAUUUUCUCCUUUUUUACACUUCGGCUGUGACUUGCAGCAUCCAUUUCCUGGCACGCUUUUCCGGUUUCCACUUAGGAGUGCUAGUGCUGCUUCCCGAAGCCAAAUUAAGAAGGAAGGAUAUGCAUCUGAAGAUGUCAUGUCUCUAUUUUCUUCCUUUUCAAAAGUUGUUUCUGAGACGUUGCUCUUUCUGCGUAACGUGAAAGUCAUCUCUGUUUUUGUAAAGGAAGGAAGUGGACAUGAAAUGCAACUGUUACAUCGUGUUAACAAGCAUUGCAAUAGUGAGCCUGAAAUGGAAACCAAUGCACAACAGGAUGUGUUUAGUCUGUUUGAUGGUAAUCGGCACAAUGGAUUGGAUAAAGAGCAAUUCCUAAAGAAAUUGCGAAAAUCAGCAGAGAAAGAGUUGCCAUACAAAUGUCAGAAGGUUAUAAUUGCAGAAGAAAGCUCGUCUGGAAAUGUAUCACAUAGCUGGAUAACUUCCGAGUGUAUUGGUGGUGGACUGGCAAAGAAGAAUUUCCCAAUUUUCAGUGACAAGUCUCAUACUUAUUUUCCCUGGGCAUGUGUUGCUGCAUAUUUACACUCUUCCAAGGUUGGUUUGCGAACGAGUAAUAUUCCUGAGAGCAAUGAGACCUGUGCUGUUACUUCCAAUCUAUUUCAAGGCCCUCAAGGCCCCUCUGAAGUUAGAAAAGAUCUCGAGGGGCGUGCUUUCUGUUUUCUACCACUGCCAAUCACAACUGGUCUUCCAGCACAUGUCAAUGCGUAUUUCGAGUUAUCAUCAAAUAGGAGGGACAUCUGGUUUGGUAAUGACAUGGCUGGUGGUGGUAAAAAGCGCUCAGAUUGGAAUAUGUACUUGCUUGAAGGAGUAGUUGCCCCUGCUUAUGGGCAUAUGUUAGAGAAAAUUGCACCUGAGAUUGGUCCAUGUGAUUUGUUCUUUUCACUUUGGCCUAAAACAAGAGGAAUGGAACCUUGGGCUGUAGUGGUGCGGGAACUUUAUACUUUCAUUGCAGAUUGUGGCAUUCGUGUAUUAUAUACCAAAGCUCGAGGAGGGCAGUGGAUCUCAACCAAACAAGCUAUUUUUCCUGACUUUACUUUUGACAAAGUUGAUGAGCUUAUUGAAGCAUUAUCAGAUGCUGGUCUACCUCUGGUCACUGUUUCCAGGCCAAUUGUUGAGAGGUUUAAGGAUGUGUGCCCUGCCUUGCAUUUUUUGACACCACAGUUGUUGAAGACUUUGUUAAUUCGAAGGAAACGUGAAUUUAAGGAUAGAAACACCAUGAUAUUGGCCCUUGAAUAUUGUCUACUUGACUUGAAGAUGCCUGUUCAGUCUGCUGAUUUGUAUGGUUUGCCUUUAUUACCCCUAGCUGAUGGUUCAUUUUCCAUAAUUGACAAAAAUGGAAUUGGAGAAAGAAUAUAUAUUGCACGCGGGGUCGAGUAUGAUCUUCUCAAGGAUUCAGUUCCACAUCUACUUGUGGAUUCCGCAAUUCCUGAAGGAGUGUACGAGAAGCUAUGUUUCAUAGCUCAAAGUGAUGCCUCCAAUAUUUCUUUUCUGUCAUGUCAUUUACUAGAAAAACUCUUCUUGAGGAUACUUCCUGCAGAGUGGCACUAUGCAAAACAGGUUACAUGGACUCCUGGUCAGCAAGGCCAACCAAGUGUAGAAUGGGUAAGAGUUCUCUGGAGUUAUUUGAGGUCAUCUUGUGAUGACUUGUCACUUUUUUCGAAAUGGCCAAUUUUGCCUGUUGGUAACAAUUGUCUCUUGCAACUAGUUGACAAUUCAAGCAUAAUCAAGGAUGAUGGGUGGAGUGAGAACAUGUCAGCUUUGAUGCUGAAAAUUGGAUGCCUUUUUUUGAGGCACGAUCUUGCCAUAGAGCAUCCCCAGUUGAAAAGAUUUGUGCACUUGCCGACAGCAAUUGGCUUAUUGAAUGCGUUUCUGGCAGUUGCAGGUAAGCCAGAAAACAUUGAGGGGCUUUUCAACGACGCAACAGAAGGAGAGAUGCAUGAACUUCGGAGUUUCAUUCUUCAGUCCAAAUGGUUUAUCGAAGAGAAAAUGGAAGAUAAGCAUAUUGACAUCAUGAAACACCUUCCUAUAUUUGAGUCAUAUAAGAGCAGAAAGUUUGUAAGUUUGACUAAUCCUGUCAAAUUGCUUAAACCUGGUGAUAUUCAGGAGGAUUUUCUGAGUGAUGACUUUGUACGUACGGAAUCAGAGAAAGAAAAAAUUAUUUUGAGAAGAUAUUUAGAGAUUAAAGAACCCUCCAGGAUGGAGUUCUACAGAGAUCAUGUGCUUAACCAUAUGUCAAAAUUCCUAUCAGAGCAAGGUUCUCUUACAGCCAUUCUCCAUGGAGUGCAGGUUUUAGUUGAAGAGGAUAAUUCCUUGAAAUCUGCAAUUUCCGAAAUACCUUUUGUUUUGGCAGCUGAUGGAUCUUGGCAGAUGCCUUCCCGGCUCUAUGAUCCUAGAAUCACUGCUUUAAGAAACGUGCUGCAUGGAGAAGUUUUUUUCCCUUCUGACAAGUUUUCAGAUGCGGAAACUCUGGACAUAUUGAAUACACUUGGUCUCAGAAGAACUCUGGGCUAUUCUGGGUUGAUCGAUUGUGCUAGAUCAGUUUCAUUGCUGCAUUUUUCCAGGGAUUCAGAGACAGUAAGUUAUGGGAGAAAGUUACUUGUUUGUUUGGAUGCUCUAUCAUACAGGCUCUCGACCGCAGAAGAGGGAAAUGUGGAUGAGUUGACAAAUUCUGUUUUCCGAAAUGACACUAGAACUGAGGAUGGUGAUGCUAUGUACAUUGAGUCUCCCAACAGCAAUGAGAACGUAAAUGUAGAUGAUCCAGACAUAAAUACUUUUGUUGACGAAUUGAUUGGUGAAAAACCAGAAGAGGACUUUUGGUCUGAAAUGACGGCUAUUGCUUGGUGUCCCGUAUGUGUUGAUCCACUUCUGAAAGGAAUCCCUUGGUUGAAAUCUAGUAACCAGGUAGCAUCCCCAAGCAAUGUGAGACCUAAAUCCCAGAUGUUUUUGGUUUCCUACUCGAUGCAUAUAUUAGAUGGUGUAUGCCGCUCGACAUAUCUACAAAAGAAGCUUGGCUGGAUGGAACUGCCAAACAUAAAUGUUUUAUCCAUGCAGUUGAUUGAGCUACCUAAGUUGUAUUUCCAGUUUAAAUCCCAUUCAGCUGAUAUACAAGAUGUCGAUACUGCACUCAGUGAGGGAAUUCCAUCACUCUAUUCAAAAUUGCAAGAUUAUAUUGGCACUGCUGAAUUCUCGGAGCUAAAAUCAGCAUUACUUGAUGUUUCCUGGGUUUGGAUUGGGGAUAACUUUGUAGCUCCGAAUGCGCUUGCAUUUGAUUCGCCUGUGAAAUUUACUCCGUACCUGUAUGUUGUCCCGUCUGAAUUAUCAGAAUUCAGAGAUUUGCUUAUAAAGUUAGGUGUACGAAUUAGUUUUGAUAUUUGGGACUAUUUUCAUGUCUUGCAACGUUUGCAGAAUGAUGUGAAAGGAUUCCCACUGUCAACAGAUCAGUUAAAUUUUGUGCAUCGUGUCCUUGAUGCUGUAGCGGACUGUUGCUCUGAGAAACCACCAUUUGAAGCUUCUAAGACUCCAAUCUUAAUUCCAGAUUUUUCUGGAGUUCUGAUGGAUGCUGGUGAUCUUGUGUAUAACGAUGCACCAUGGAUUGAACACAGUACUCUUGUUGGGAAGCAUUUUGUACAUCCUACUAUCAGCAAUGAUCUGGCGAAUAGAUUGGGGGUACAAUCACUUCGCAGCCUCUCUUUAGUUGAUGAUGAAUUGACGAAAGAUAUACCAUGCAUGGACUAUGCUAAAAUAAAAGACCUUUUGGCUUUGUAUGGGGACAAUGACUUGUUAUUGUUCGACCUGCUUGAGUUGGCAGACUGUUGCAAAGCCACUAAGUUGCACCUAGUCUUUGACAAGAGAGAACAUCCUCGCCAGUCUUUGCUGCAGCAUAAUAUGGGGGAAUAUCAAGGGCCUGCUCUAUUAGCCAUAAUGGAAGGAACUAGCUUGAGUAGAGAGGAAGUAAGUAGUCUCCAAUUUCUACCCCCAUGGAGACUAAGGGGUGCUACUGUGAACUAUGGUUUGGCUUUGCUUAGCUGCUAUUUUGUCUGUGAUCUCCUUUCUGUUGUUUCUGGUGGCUACUUUUAUAUGUUUGAUCCCUCUGGUUCAGUCCUUGCUGCACCUUCAACUUGUACACCUGCGGCAAAAAUGUUUUGUUUGGCAGGUACAAAUUUAACUGAUCGGUUUCACGAUCAAUUUAAUCCUAUGCUGAUUGGCCACGGAAUGCCAUGGCCAUCAUCUGAUUCUACCAUUAUUCGCAUGCCGCUAUCAUCUGAAUGUUUGAUGAAUGAACUUGAGUUUGGAUUGAGGAAAAUAAAGCAGAUUACUGAGAGAUUUUUGGAGCAUUCUUCUAGAUCGCUUUUAUUCCUGAAGUCUGUAAUGAAGGUGUCAAUCUCCACAUGGGAGGAAGGAAGUGCACAGCCACGAGAAGACUAUUCUGUUAGCAUUGAUUCAUCAUCUUCUAUCAUGAGGAAUCCUUUUUCGGAAAAGAAAUGGAGGAAGUUCCAAAUAUCUCGAUUAUUUAAUAGCUCCAAUGCUGCAACAAAAUUGCAAGCAAUAGAUGUGAACUUGAAACAAGGAGAAGUAAGAGUUGUUGAUCGAUGGCUUGUUGCACUCAGCCUGGGAUCUGGGCAAACAAGAAAUAUGGCUCUUGAUAGGCGAUACCUGGCUUACAACUUGACACCUGUCGCUGGAGUUGCAGCACAUAUAUCCCGAGAUGGCUAUCCUGUUGAUGUCUGUCUCACAAGUUCUAUUAUGUCCCCUCUUCCUUUGUCUGGUGGUAUAAAUAUACCUGUUACUGUUCUUGGAUGCUUCCUGGUUUGUCACAAUGGAGGUCGCUCUCUCUUUAAUUAUCAAGACAAGGAAGCUUCUUCCGCAGAGGCACGGGUGGAUGCUGGAAAUCUGUUAAUGGAAGCUUGGAACAGAGAGCUGAUGUCAUGUGUUCGUGAUUCCUACAUCGAAUUAAUAUUGGAAAUCCAGAGGUUAAGAAUAGAUCCUUCUAGUUCCACAACGGAAUCUAGUGCAGGUCUUGCAGUCAGCUUGUCUUUGAAGGGCUAUGGAGAUCAAAUUUAUUCCUUCUGGCCGAGGUCUAACAGGCCCAAUUUGGCCAAACAACUGGGAGAUGGCAGUAUACCUUCUACUGUGCUUAAAUCAGAUUGGGAGUGUGUAAUUGAGCAGGUGAUAAGUCCCUUUUAUGCUCGUAUAGUUGAUCUUCCUGUGUGGCAGCUUUACUCAGGAAAUUUUGCCAAGGCUGAAGAGGGUAUGUUUCUUUCACAACCUGGACAUGGAGUGGGUGGAAACUUACUUCCGGCUACAGUUUGCAGCUUUGUAAAGGAGCACUAUCCAGUGUUUUCAGUACCUUGGGAGUUGGUGACGGAAAUCCGAGCCAUGGGGAUUACAGUUCGGGAAGUGAAACCCAAGAUGGUUCGGAACCUGUUAAGAGUUUCUUCAUCAUCAAUUGUUCUCCGGUCAGUUGAUAUGUUUGCAGAUGUGCUUGAGUACUGCUUGUCUGAUAUUGAGAUUGGUGAUUCACUCAAUUCAGCCGGAAAUUCUCUGACUGUUGACCACAGUAAAACUAGAGGGGAAAGCCUAGUUGUUGGUGGAAGUUCUUCUUCGCAGUCAGUUACUAACUUGAAUACUUAUCCAGCAUCUUCUACACAGAAUGCUACCAGUUCCGGAGAUGCAAUUGAGAUGGUGACAAGUUUGGGCAAGGCAUUAUUUGAUUUUGGCCGGGGAGUCGUUGAGGAUAUUGGUAGGUCUGGGGGGCCCUUGGUUCAGAGAAACGUUGUUGCAGGUAGUUUUAACAACAUCUAUGGAAAUGCAGAUCUGAAUCUUCUAUCAGUAGCAGCUGAGCUCAAAGGUUUGCCAUGUCCAACUGCAGCAAACCGUUUAACUAAGUUGGGAUUCACUGAACUCUGGAUAGGGAGUACAGAGCAGCAGGCAUUGAUGGUUUCCUUGGCUGAAAAGUUUGUUCACCCUAAAGUGUUGGAUAGACCAAUCCUUGCUGAUAUAUUUUCAAAUGGUGUGCUACAAUCAUUACUAAAGCUGCGAAGUUUCUCACUUCCUUUGCUGGCGAAUCAUAUGAAGGUAGUUUUUCAUGAGAACUGGGCGAGUUAUGUAAUGGGUUCAAAUAUGGUUCCUUGGUUUUCAUGGGAGAAUAAUAAAUCAAGUUCUGGUGGUGAAGGCGGUCCUUCCCCUGAAUGGAUACGACUCUUCUGGAAGAAUUUUAAUGGCUCCUCAGAAGAUCUUCUGCUCUUUUCUGAUUGGCCUCUAAUUCCUGCUUUUCUUGGUCGGCCGGUCUUAUGUCGUGUCAGGGAGCGUGACUUGGUCUUCAUUCCACCACUUCUUAGUGAUUCAUCUUCGGAAGAAAAUGCCUUAGAAGCUAGUGCAACUGGAAACAAUCAUAUGCCUGAAUCCGAAUCAGUACAAUCAUACAUUUCAGCUUUCGAAGUAGCUAAAAGCCAACACCCUUGGUUGUUAUCACUUCUAAACCACUGCAACAUACCUAUAUAUGAUAUAGGUUUCUUACACUGUGCUGCUCCAUGCAACUGCUUCCCUCCCCCUGACCAAUCAUUAGGGCAAGUUAUUGCAUCGAAGCUGGUAGCAGCUAAAAAUGCUGGCUAUUUCUCCGAAAUCACUUCCCUUUCAGCUUCAAAUUGUGAUGCCCUUUUUGCACUUUUUGCUAAUGAUUUUUUGUCUAAUGGCUCUAAUUACAGAAGGGAAGAGCUUGAAGUUUUGCGUUCACUUCCUAUCUAUAAAACAGUUGUUGGUUCGUACACACGGUUGAUCAGUGAUGAUCUGUGUAUGAUCUCCACAAACUCAUUCCUUAAGCCCUAUGAUGAACGUUGUCUUUCCUAUACCACUGAUUCAGUUGAGUUUUCAUUACUUAGAGCUCUUGGAGUCCUUGAAUUGCAUGAUCAGCAGAUUCUAAUCAGGUUUGGGUUGCCUGGGUUCGAAGGUAAGCCUGAACCUGAAAAGGAAGAUAUAUUGAUAUAUCUUUACACAAAUUGGCAAGACCUUCAAAUGGAUACCGUAGUAGUUGAAGCUUUAAAGGAGACUAAAUUUGUAAGAAAUGCUGAUGAGUUUUGUACAGAUCUGUAUAGGCCCAAGGAUUUGUUUGAUCCUGGUGAUGCUUUAUUGACAUCUGUCUUCUCUGGUGAGAGAAAAAAGUUUCCAGGAGAAAGGUUUUUUGCUGAUCGGUGGCUUCGAAUUUUAAGGAAAACUGGCCUGCGUAUGGCAAUAGAAUCUGAUGUCAUACUUGAAUGCGCCAGAAGAGUGGAAUUUCUUGGAACUGAAUGCAUGAGAUCCAGAGAUUUGGAUGAUUUUGAUGACCUAACCAACCCUCAGAGUGAAGUUUCUAUGGAAGUUUGGACGUUAGCUGGAUCUGUUGUUGAAGCGAUUUUCUCGAACUUUGCUGUCCUCUACAGCAACAACUUCUGUGAUCUCCUGGGAAAGAUCAAAUGCAUACCUGCUGAAUUUGGCUUUCCAAAUGUUGCUGGAAAAAAAGGUGGCAAGAGAGUGCUCGCUUCGUAUAGCGAAGCGAUUCUGCUUAAGGAUUGGCCUCUGGCUUGGAGCUGUGCUCCCAUUCUUUCGGGACAAAAUGUUGUUCCUCCCGAUUACUCUUGGGCGUCCCUCCAGCUUAGGAGCCCUCCAGUUUUUCCCACAGUAAUAAAGCACUUACAGAUUAUUGGGAGAAAUGGUGGUGAAGACACACUUGCUCAUUGGCCAACUGUGUCUGGUAUGAUGAGUGUUGAUGAAGCUUCUUGUGAGGUGUUAAAGUACCUGGAUAAGAUUUGGAAUUCUCUCUCAAGUUCAGAUAUAAUGGACUUGCAGAAAGUACCAUUUAUACCUGCUGCAAAUGGUACACGCUUGGUGACUGCAAACCUGCUUUUCGCGCGUUUAACAAUCAACUUAUCCCCAUUUGCAUUUGAACUUCCUACUUCAUACCUUCCCUUUUUGAAGAUUUUAAAAGAUUUGGGACUUCAAGAUAUGCUAUCCAUUGCCUCUGCUAGGGAUCUUCUCAUGAAUCUUCAGAAAACCUGUGGAUAUCAACGUCUAAAUCCAAAUGAACUCCGUGCUGUGCUAGAAAUUUUGUAUUUUAUCUGUGAUGGGGCAACUGCUGAUGGUAUGUCCAAUGGGCCCAAUUGGGCAUCAGCAGCAAUAGUCCCUGAUGAGAGCUGCAGACUAGUUCAUGCGAACUCCUGUGUGUAUAUAGAUUCCCAUGGAUCCCGAUAUGUAAAGUGCAUUGAUCCUUCCAGGUUAAGAUUUAUUCACCCUGAUCUUCCAGAGAGGUUUUGUACUGUUCUGGGGGUCAAGAAGCUGUCUGAUGUAGUCAUAGAGGAAUUAGAUCAUGAGGAACAAGUGGAAACUUUGGAUCAUAUUGGAUCAGUUCCAAUUGCAGCCAUCCGAGAGAAACUGUUGAGCAGGUCACUUCAGAGUGCUGUAUGGACAGUUGUAAACAGCAUGGCUAGUUACACUCCUGCAAUUAAGCAUUUAACUCUGGUUACAAUACAGAACUUAGUAGAAUCUGUUGCUGAGAAGUUGCAGUUUGUUAAGUGCCUCCGUACUCGCUUUUUGCUCCUCCCACAUUCUGUAGACAUUACCCAUGCUGCUAAUGAUUCCAUCAUCCCAGAGUGGGUUAAUGGAUCCAUGCAUCGGACACUCUACUUCAUUAACCGGACUAAUACCUGUAUAUUAGUUUCUGAACCACCACCGUAUAUUUCUGUUUUUGAUGUUAUUGCAAUUGUUGUGAGUCUGGUCUUAGGGUCUCCUACUCCGUUACCUAUUGGAUCUUUAUUCAUCUGUCCUGGAGGCUCUGAAACUGCGAUCAUUGAUCUUUUGAAACUCUGUUCUGACAAGCAAGAAAUAGAAGCCACCAGUGGAAGCAAUGGCUUGGUGGGUAAAGAACUAUUACCCCAAGAUGUUCAUCAAGUACAAAUUCAUCCAUUGAGGCCCUUUUAUGCUGGAGAGAUAGUGGCAUGGCGGUCUCAGAAUGGAGAAAAGCUCAAAUAUGGUAGAGUCCCAGAGGAUGUCCGACCAUCAGCUGGCCAAGCACUGUAUAGAUUCAAGGUGGAGACUUCACUGGGUCUGAUGCAGCCUCUUCUAUCUUCUCAUGUCUUUUCGUUCAAAAGUGUAGCGAUGGGAAGUGAGAGUUUACCAAUGUCUAUGGAUGAUGUGGAUACAGUAGGUCAUAGCAGAACUUGUAUAGACAUUCCAGAAACUUCUGGGAGCGGCAACUCAAGAGCUUCUCAGCCGCAAACUGGCAAAGACCUGCAGUAUGGACGAGUAUCACCAGCGGAACUGGUGCAGGCAGUACAAGAGAUGCUCUCUGCUGCUGGGAUUUAUAUGGAUGUGGAGAAGCAGUCCCUACUGCAAAAAACAUUAAGUCUGCAAGAACAAUUAAAAGAAUCGCAGACUUCACUUUUGCUUGAACAGGAAAAGGCUGAUGCUGCAGCAAAAGAAGCUGAUACAGCAAAAGCAGCAUGGGUUUGUAGGGUGUGUUUGAGUGCUGAAGUUGACAUAACAAUAGUACCUUGUGGUCAUGUACUUUGCCGAAGGUGCUCUUCUGCUGUUUCCAGGUGUCCAUUUUGUCGGCUCCAGGUCUCAAAAACCGUCAGAAUUUUUCGGCCUUAAGAACCUGGGUGGGUUAUAUACAUAAUUUUUAUUUUGACGUUUCCAAAACGCACUCGCUUCUUAAAUUCCAUGCAGCCUAGGUUAUGCUUCAGCCAUCUGGUCAGAUCUUCAGUUCACUUUUACUUUGUACAUAAGAAUUAAUCUUUGUAUAAUAAUCUAUCGUUCAAAGAACCAGUAGUUGAAAAUUGACCUGCUAAUCCAGCCAAAAAGAACGAAACAAUGACACAGUCUGCAGUUUGCCUCGAUAUUAAAUUAAAAUAAAACCAUGACUUUGCAA